CACAAAGUCGCCGGGGAAGGGAGACAGAGCAGUAUAAAACAAGCAUUGGUCGACUGACUCCAAGUCUCCUCACGUUGGUCCUUUUCUCCCGCAACAUUAAAUCUGUUAUCUAACGAGUAGCAUAUUUUUUCAUCCAUGGAGUUUGAAGCUUCCUGGUUGUUGCAGCUCCUUCGUAGCCCAUUGUCCUUGCUUAUCUUCCCUCUUAUCAUACUUUUUGUCUCCCUUUUGUACUUGGUCAAACCAAGAGUUUAUUGCAAGUGUGAUAUUUGUCAGACUUAUUUAACCUCAAGUUGGAGACUGCAGUUCCAUAAUCUCUGUGAUUGGUACGCUCAUCUCCUCCGAAACUCCCCUACUAAAACCAUACAUAUACAUGUUCUCAGGAACACCAUCACUGCGAACCCCGCUAACGUUGAGUAUAUGCUCACAACAAAAUUUGAUAAUUACCCGAAAGGAAAAUCGUUUUCGACAAUUUUGGGUGAUCUGUUGGGUCGGGGAAUAUUUAACGUGGAUGGGGAGUCGUGGAGGUUCCAAAGAAAAAUAGCGAGCCUAGAGCUCGGGAGGGCCUCGAUAAGAUCUUAUGCUUUUCAAGUUGCGAGUAAUGAAAUUCAGACUCGUCUUGUACCCCUUUUAUCAUCAUUCGUUGGCAAGGAAAAGAGGGGUGGUUCUUUAGAUUUACAAGAUGUUUUUCGGAGAUUUUCGUUCGAUAAUAUUUGUAGAUUUUCGUUUGGGCUGGACACCAAGUGCCUAGAGUUGUCUUUUCCUGAAUCUGAGUAUGCUGCAUCCUUGGAUCUCGCAUCAAGAUUGUCAGCUGAAAGAGCCUUGGCUGCGUCACCUUUCGUGUGGAAGAUCAAAAGGUUGUUGAGUAUAGGUAGCGAGAAGAAGCUAAAAGAGUGCAUCAAAAUGAUCAAUAAGUUGGCCCAGGAAGUGAUUCAGCAGAAACGAAAAGAGGGCUUUUCAGAUGAUCAAGAUUUGCUGUCAAGAUUCAUGGGGACGAUAGAUGAUGAUACAUACCUAGGAGAUGUGAUAGUAAGCUUUGUUCUAGCCGGCCGUGACACGGUUUCUUCAGCUCUCACAAGCUUGUUUUGGCUAUUGGCUCACCAUCCAUUAGUCGUUUCAGCUAUUAGAGAUGAAGCAGACCGAGUGAUCGGAACGAAUCAAGAACCAACCAAAAACAUGGAGCAAAUGAGUGAACUCCAUUACCUACAAGCCACGGUUUACGAAAGCAUGAGGCUAUUCCCACCUGUGCAAUUCGAUUCCAAAUUUUGCUUAAAUGACGACGUUUUACCAGAUAAAACGUUUGUUAAGAGUGGAACAAGAGUCACCUACCAUCCGUACGCCAUGGGCCGGAUGCCUGAGAUAUGGGGACCCGAUUGCUUAGAGUUCAAGCCAGAAAGAUGGUUGCAAGAUGGAGUUUUUGUUCAGGUGAACCCUUACAAGUACCCUGUUUUUCAAGCCGGGCUCAGGGUCUGUCUGGGAAAAGAAAUGGCUCUGAUGGAGCUAAAAAGUGUGGCCUUGUCACUCGUGAGGCGAUUUCAUUUCGACUUGGCUUUGCCAUCUCACGAAAUGACGCCCCGGUUUUCUCCAGGCCUCACAGCAGCUUUCAGUGGUGGAUUACCGGUUUUUGUUCGUAAAAUAUGAAGACCUGAACCAACCGUGCUUGCUAUAUAGAACAGUAGAAACCAUCAGGGUCAUUAUCUGAUCAUCAAGCGAAGAGAAAGAAAUCAUUCCAAGUCCUGCCUUGAUGACAUUUUGAUAAUUUAGUAGCUGUUAGAUGUCAAUAAAACGUGAAAUAUAUUAGCUAAGCUAAUGUGGCUAGUUGAACUUUUUCAAGUUGCAACUGAAUUCAGGAUGUAUUUCGUGCAUGUAAAUAUUUUGGUACGAUAUUUGGGUCUGUGCAAUAUUUUGAUAUUAUUGAAUCUUUACGAUUAA